AUGGGUCUCCUUACCCCCUUUGUGCCUUACCACUCGUCUGCUGGCUCGACUACUAUUCGAAAAUUUGGUGGUCUCCUUACUGUUGAGUGGCUGGAGCCGCCCCCAGGUCGAAGCUUUAUGAUGCGUCAGACCUACAGACUGGAUGUGGAAGGAGAUGUCCCACCCACGCUGCGGAAGCUCAUCGAUAGUCCCCAGCGGCCCGAUGGUCCUGCAAUGCAUUUCCAUCGGUACCAGAACGAGUUCUUUCACGUCGAGCAAGGCAUCUGUGUGGCUGAGGUUGAUGGCGUGAUCCGCAACCUGACUCCAGAAGACGGGGAGGUGUCUCUCCAAGCGAACCAUAUCCAUCGUUUUAGUAUCCAUCCGGAUUGUGGAGAAUACAUGACAGUCCUACUGAGCGGCUCAGAUGCGGGGAUCGAUAACCAACUUGAUAGAGUUUUCUUCGAAAAUUGGUACGGAUACUGGCACGACGCACUGCUCUACGAUGGUGGUCUUGAUUUCAUUCAAAAAUUACAAAUGCUCGAUGCAGGUGGGCAUUAUACUCCAGCACCCGCAUGGAUGCCCUUCCGGCUUUUCUUUGGCUAUUGGACCAGUGUGGUCAUUGGCCGCUGGCUAGGGGGUCUGCUAGGCUACAAGCCAUUUUUCAAAGAAUAUACGACGGAUUGGGAGUUUGCCGUGAUAAAAAUGAAAAGUUCGUUCUGGACUCGGCGUUUAGUUGAUGACUUUUGGGGCGCGAAGGAGCGCUGGAGCAGAGAAGCAGACCUCUCUACCGGACCCAAACCGACCAAUGCGGAACUCCAAUAUCUACUGGAGGAUGUCACAGAGCUUACGAGGGCUGCUAAGGCCAAGGCUGUGGGAAAGGGCGUUACCAAUGGCUCACAUGGCAAUGGAAGUAAUGGAAAUGUUGAAGCCUGUGAGAUGUCUAGAUCAGAAGAAGAGACUUCCAUCGGUAUCUCUUCUGGAUUGAAAUCUGAAACUGGUCAGGUUCGGAAGCGCUGA